AUGUCCGAAGUUCAAUCUAGGCCAUCUGCCCCUCGCGGUCGAGGGUCAGCUCGUGGCGGUAGAGGAGGUUACAGUUCCAGAGGUGGACGAUCCAGCAAGCCUACCAAUGCAAAUUCAGAGAAUAACCCCACCCCAUCGUACGAGGACGAAGGAGAAAUUGGGCAGCUGAAGAAAAAGCAUGCCACCAGUCUAAUCACCAUAAAAGAGCUCUUCGCAGACUGGACCGAUGAGGACCUAGUUUUUGCCCUGGAAGACGCCAAUGGAGAUCUAGAGAUUGCGAUUGAGCGCAUCACUGAUGGCAAUGUGUCGCAGUGGGGAGAGGUCAAAAAGAAGCACACCGAUCGAUCGCGUGCCAAGCCAAAAGACCCUCUCUCACAGGCAGACUCUCUUGCUGCUCUUCCACCAGCCCGUGGAGGUCGUGGCCGUGGAGGAAUUGACAUUCGUGGUCGUGGUCGGGGUGACCGUGGACGUGGAGGGCGUGGCGGCAGAGCAGGCGUCCAUGUCAAUGGAGCUCGUACUGAAAAGCCUGUGGCCCUGCCAAUUGAAGAGCCAGAGAGUGCUCCUGUAUCUGACGCUUGGAGAAAACCAGGAGAACCUGUGUCUACCACUGGAGACAAAGUGAUUUCCACCGAAGCAGCCCCGUCCACUAUUACGAAGGAGCCCUCAUCAGAAGCAUCUCCACAGAAGAGCAGCCUGAUCCCAGAAGGCUCGAAGAAAGGCUGGGCUAGUUUGUUUGCUCAACCAGCUCCACCUCCACCUCAGAAGAAGGCUCCCCCACCAGCUUCGGCAGCCCCAGUGCAGCCUGCCGAACCACAAGUCAUCGAGAAGCCCAUCGAGCAACUCUCUCAACAACCAAAACCUGGCCCUGAACAGCCAACUGCACAGCCCUCAGAACCAUCGACCACUACUACAUUACCCCAAGCGCCCGUUCCAGUGAUACCAAAGGACGAAUUGACUCAGUCAAACCUAGAGCGAGUUCCGGAUGUAUCCCACCCACAGCCUAGCACGACAGCGGCUAGCACAAUUGCCAGCAUACAGGAUCAAUCCAGCGUGGUUGGUGCCGCUACCGCUCCACAGACCCGACCAAUGUCGGGCUAUGCCACAACUGCAUAUAAGGCUACAGCUGGGGCUGGACGCGCAGCAAACUUGCAGCGUCGUGUUAUGGAACAACAAGAGGCCGUCGUCAUGCCGGGAAACCAUGCAGUCGAUCGGGCUGCUGUCCAGUUUGGGAGCAUGGGAUUGAACGGACCAAUUGAUGACGUAGAUAUUGACGACGAGAGAGAGGAACCGGAGACUCGACAUCAGCCUCCCCAGCACUCGCCCGUCGCACCUCGCGCCUCGCUUCCUCCCGCCACCCAAACUCAGACACAUAAACCCCAGGUCCAUCAAGCCCAAUCAACCCAGGGACAAACUCAAGCAACAGCGGAAGCUAUUGCUGUUCCCCGCCCGGCUCCUGGACUUCCUCCUGUGGCUGCAGCUACUUCCACAGACACCCCGUUCAACGAUUUUGCGCGAUAUACAGAAUCGCAAAAACAAUUUGAUCCCUUCAGUCAGCAAGUUGAGCAGGCCCCCCAACAACAGAACCAGGAACCCUUCACCAACCAAGCUCCUAUCGCAUCUCAACCCACACCAACUACCGCUGCAGAUUACUCGGCAUUUUACGGAGGUGACCAAGCACGACAUCCUUACUAUUAUGGUUCGUACAACUCCCAAGACGGUGUUGCAACACAGCAGAGAGCUGGUAGCGGAUUUGGCGGUGUUAGCGGUGCUGAUGCCCAGCCCCAAAUCGCUUCCACCCAACCACCAAGCCGAUACAGCCAUGUGGAAGCUCCUAACAGUGGCCAAAAUACGCCUAACCCAACUCUUCCCGGUCAAACUGCCCAACCCAAUCAGCAUUUACCUCAGGGACAGGGUGCUCAUAGUGCCUACAACUAUGGUUACCCCUAUUAUUCUAACCCACAUUAUGCGAAUUCGUACAUGAAUCAAAUGAACCAGCAUCAAUAUGGAAGAAAUCGUCCUAUGUACGAUGACGCACGGAGGUACGAGGAACAUUACCUUCACAGCAACCAGUUCGGUUAUGGAAACCAGUAUGCGGCUCCAUACGGCAAGGGAGCCGGCAUGUACGGACAGCCUCAGCAUGGUUUUUCUUAUGAUCAUGCCUCCACUCCUGCUACCGCAGCUACGUUUAACCAGGGUGCCCCCGGCCGCGAAACUGGGUACGGUCGUGCGGGAUCGACCCAGCCGUCGGAAGCCCAAACAUCGGGCCACACCGCCUUUGGAACUAUUCCUGAUGUCUUCGGGCGGACUCAAUCAGGAUUUGUUCAAAGCCAACCCAUCGCCCAGCAACAGCCGGCCAGCGCGGAAGAGGCGGCAAAGGGUUUCGAAGCACCCAAGGCAGGCGGCCCAAGCCCUUCACUAGCUCAAGCAAACCGUCCUGGAUCCGCAACUAACAGCGUCCCCGCUCAACCCCAGGCUGGUCAGGCCGGUCUGCCCCCGGCGCAAGGACAGCCAACAAGCCAGCAGGCAUUUGGCACGUAUCCACAGCUUAACCCACAAUACGGUGGACUUGGAGGCCUUGGAGCGCACCACCAACAGGCUGGCGCCAAUGCAACUCAUCACCAGCAAGCUAGCGGAUAUGGCCAGUACGGAGGAGCAGGGUUCGGCGGCAACUAUUAUGGAAAUACCGGACGCGGUGGAGGAUGGGGCGGCAACUAUGGUCAUUAA